AUGGACGCACGACCAGAGCCGCUGCUCAAGUACGCCGAGGAGCUGCUGCAAAGCUACUCCCGGCUCAUUGUGCACUCUGGAGACAUUCUGCGCUCGCUUCCUGAACCACGCGAAGGGCUGAGUGUGGCAAACAUCAAGCCCAAGAAGGACGAGAGCACAGCCUUUCUGCGCGAAUGGCAGCACCUAGAGUCUGUUUUCGAUGAGUAUCUCAUUCGACUGAAUGACGUCCGGGCGCGUGCACACGAAGAGCUGGAAGCGGCACGCAUAAAGUGCCUGGCAGGUGAGGACAUUGACCUGACGCUGCCGGAAGCACAGGUUAGACUCGGCGUUCGGCUGGAGAAAUACAAGCGACAAUACGACACUUUGCAACAAAUCAUCAGCGGCGUCCCUAUUACCGAGGAAUUGAACGAGUCUUCUGGCGAGCAACCGUUCGGGAAUAUGGAGGUGGACGCAAGUGACAUAGGUAAUGCGGCAGUGGAAGCGCGGAUUGAAGACACCACUUUAGAAGCACAAACAAGUUAUGACAUAGUGGCCGACACACCUCCUACAUUGUCCCUGACGUCCCAUAUGCAAAGCACGCACCAGGAUAACUCUCUUGACGUCGAUGCACAAGAUGCCGUGUCAUUAAUCGACAGCAACAUGGACGACGAUGUCAACACGCCAAUGUCAGUGCAGGACGCGUAUGAAAUAGCUGAAACUGACGGCAAUGACGAUGACAUUGAUAAUAUCGAUGCGGCCUAUGAUAUGGAUACAUCGGCAUCAGCGCCGACAACAGAAGCAGCGCCGAUAGUAGCGGGCAUGGCAGCAGACACUCUCGAUGCCGAAACCAUCGACUUGGAUGCUGAGUUUGGCUCGGACUACAAUGAGUACAGCCAGGCCAUUGAGCUUGACUCGGGCUCUGAAGUGGACGACGAGGAUAUGGAGGAUAUAUUUCAAUAA